AUGUCUCAAUCUCGUCCUCUCGACCCGGCCAUCGUCGCCCUCCUCCGCCCGGCCAUCAUCCAGAUCCUUAACAGCGCCGACCUCAGCUCGAUCUCUGCAAAGAAGGUUCGCGCACAACUUGCACAGCUUCCACCAAACGCUCUCCCAUCCGCUCUCGAUCUCUCGGCAAGUAAAAAGCAGGUCGACCAAGUCAUCCGUGACUGCUUCGAUCAGAUUUCUAAAGGCAUGCCUCCUCCACCACAGUCUCCUACCUCUUACAAUGGUGCUUCUUCUGCACCACCCUCCGGUGGCCUUGCUCUUCCAGGUCUCGGUGGUGUGAGAGGUGGUCACACUGCUGCUCCCACCACCGCUGCAUCCUCGACUACUUGCUCUAAGCCUGCACCUGCUAAAGCUCCCGCAUCCAACGGUACCAAGCCAAAAGCGGAACCCAAGCCAAAAGUGGAACCCAAGCCAAAGAAGAAGCCCACAAAGAAACGUGCGGCUACCGAGGAGCAAGAGGAUGACGAGCCGCCAAAGAAGAGGGCUGCCAACCCUAACAACCCUUUCAACCGUCCACUUAUCUUGUCGCCAAAGAUGGCUCAAGUAUGCGGUGGCAAUGAGAUGCCACGACACGCAGUCGUAAAGCAACUCUGGGCAUACAUCAAGUCAAAUAACCUGCAAAACGAGAGCAACAAGCGUCAAAUCCUCUGUGAUGCCAAGCUUACAGACAUCUUUGGAAAGGAAUCCGUAGACUCCUUCGAAAUGGCAAAGCUCAUCGGCUCUCACCUUACCAAGAAGGAUGAUGCAUGA